CUUAGAUUAGGGAUUGCUGACGCUAAACCCUCGAUGAAGGGUGCUGGCGCGGCCGGCGGUGGUAGUGGCGUAGUGCCGUGGGGGUGUUGAGUGUAAUAGGGCAAAAAGGCCUGGUUAAUUCGGCUUGCCUUCCGCUUCCUAGGCGAUGGAAUGUGAAGAAGAAGAACCACUAGAUCCCCGAGUGCAGAUUGAGCUGGAUCGUCUGAAUGCUUCCUCUGAAGACAUUAAUAAACUUGAGAACAAACUUGAGGAAGCCAACGCCCUGUUCCGGAGCACACUGAGCGACUCAACAGCCAGCCUGAAACUGCUGUCGGGCCGGCUGGGCGCCGGCGUCGAGAAGGCGCGGCCGUACUACGAGGCGCGCGAGGCGGCGCGCCGCACCCAGCUCGAGUGCCAGAAGGCGGCCGUCCAGUUCCAGCGGGCCAGCGUGCUGCACCAGAAUGCGCGCGAGACCAUCCAGCUGGCCGAGGAGCGCUUCCUGCCGCGCCGCACGCAGCGCGAGCAGUUCGAGUUCGACAACGCGUGGCAGGAGAUGCUGAACCACGCCACCAUGAAACUGCUGGAGGCCGAGCAGCUCAAGAUCAGCAGCGAGUGCGAACACCUGCGCCGCGCCAACAAUUUCGCAGACGCGCAGAAAAAGCUGAAACGGCUGGAACGGACGCUGGACCGACACAUCGGCCGGGCGCGGCCCUACUUCGAACAGCGCGAGGUGGUGCAGCAGGAGCUGAUGCGCCAGAAGGUAGCCAUUCAGCAGCUGCAGCGCGCCGUCAGCUCGGCCAAGGCGCGCUACUCGUCCUCGCUGCGGGAGCUGGAGAACAUCUCCGAACAAAUCCACGAGCAGCGCCGGCUCCGAGAGCUGGAACCUGACCUGGUGCCCAUUGAUCUGGACACGUGUGACCUGGUCAGCGUCUCGGGCGUCACAGAAUCGGCCACCAGUGACUACGAGGAGGACUUCAAACUCAGCCAGGAGCAGCAGUACUGGGCCGAGAUGCGGGAGCAGAUCGAGGCCAUGUCGGCGGCGCUGCCUGCGGGCGGCCCGGCGCCAGCCGAGCGCGCCUCGCCGCCGCCGCUGCCGCCGGCUAACGAGCCGCCGUCCCCGGCCGACGAGCCGCCGCUGGCGGAAGAGCUGAGCGUCCGCCCGGCUGAUCGCGCGCCGUCGCACGCGCUCCGAGGCCGGCUCGGCCGAGCGGCCGCGCAGUCCAGCCGCGCGCCGCCACUCGCUGGCGCCGCCCGACCCGGCUCAGGACGCCGCCGCCGCACCGGCCGCUGGCGGGGAUCCGGUCAGCGCAGGACGCCGGGAGGCCUCGACCGACGAGCUGACGCAGCGCGAUGGGGCGACUACGCCGGGGGCAGGUGUGGAUAUGGCGGGACGGGGCGCGCCUACGGCCGGGGCUGGCGCGUCAGAGGAGGCCGCGGGUGGAUUGACCGGCGAAGUGCUGUAGGUCACGUGGGAACGGGAGGCGGGCCAAACUAGGGCACUAACAAUCGGAGGAAGACGCCAAAACGUGAGCAGACGCGACAGCUGUGCGUUGGAGGAAUUGGCUGUAUCAGAGCGACCAGAGGAGCGGACUUCGGAUACGAUUAGCUGGGAAGUCCGACCUUUGCCUGCCGUCAUGUGAUCAUAUCGUGGUUCGCGUCAUGUCGAAAUCAAGAUAUGUACUGAGCAUAGUCAUCGUGUUCUUAGUGGUAGCAUGGUUGUGGGUUGUUUAAGGACUCGCAUUGUGAAUGCUGUUGUGUUCUGUUUACGUGGCGUCGUAGGUGAGAUAAGAGAACGAGUUCAAUAUUGCUCAACCAGUGGCGUUGGGACCAUAGCCCAGUCAGAAGCCGGCCUGUGUUCACCAAGGCGUUCACCAAGUCAGUCAUGAAGUGUGUGCAUUUCAAGCCACUCGCAGAGAUCUGUUAUGCCAUUUCAGCUUGUGUUCAUCUGAUAUCGUAGUCAGUUGUUUUAGCACAUGGGGUCGUGCUGCCAGGGACCCCUCGCACUCCGUCCAUAGACAUGUUCGGUUCCCCGAGUACAACCUCGCGACGCGGCUGCGGACGCGUAUUGCUGAUGUGUGCUUGCCUGGUGGACGCGGUCCCAGGUGUCCCUCCGUCACACCGUACAUUGUUGCGUCCCGGAAACGACCUCGUCGUUUCUCCCGCUCCUGGGGCCCCAGGCGCCUGCGUGCGCCGGGCGCGCGGGCAGGCUGCCGUUCGGUGCCCGCACCCGGUCCGGGCGCGGCCAGGUCACGUCGGAUGCCUCCCUGGUACCGCCGCGGGACGCCGCGCGUCUGGCACCGCUGUGGUACCGUCGCCGCGGCGGCUGCGGCCCGGCGGCCUGGCGCGGCUGACCGGAGCCCGUCCCGUCCCGAGGCCCCGCCCUCGCGCCGUGACGGUCGCUGGGCGUGGGUGCGUCUGACGGGCCGGCGAUCUCGAGCUGGCUAUGGCCACAUGGUAAACCAGGUAUUGGAAUCUUGUUGCGACCGGUUGGCAUGAGACACCCCGUCGUGAUGUUUGUUUUUUUUUAAUCCAUGCCACGGUCGCGUUAUUUGCUUAUGCGUUAUAGCACUCGAUUCUAAGAGCCCGGUGCUUUACGCCCCCGUAGCCGCUGUGUUCAACUCUGUGCGGCAGCGCUGGGGCGCUUAGCCUCGCGGGCCGUGGCCGUCCGGGCAUGUGGGGACAAGUGAUAAUACACUGAACAAUCCG